AUGACAGAACCAAAGAGACGCAAGUACAACAAAUCCCGCCGAGCAAUAUCUACCAAUAGCUUUUUAGUUAAGCAUCCUUUAAAUGUCAAGCCAGGUGGAAACUCAUUCAUUGCCUCGACUCCCAUCCUACAAAAACAAAGAAAGGACUCUUUGGGUGAUUUCUGCAUAUUACCAGAUGAGAUAAUAAUGAACAUUAUUAGUUACAUUACUGACAUUCCAUCAUUAUUGAAUCUAUCUCACACAUCAAGAAUACUCUAUGCAUUUUUGUAUGACGAAGAAAUCUGGAAAAGAGUAUAUUUGCAGAACAAUGAACACUAUGAUACCAAACCAUGGCUAGGAUCGUGGAGAAGUACUGUGUUGAAUAUUAUAGAAAACAAGGAGUUGUUACAGUUACCUGAUAAUUUGUUGUGUUCAGAUUUGCUAUAUCGACCUAUUCAGUGCUCUCAAAUUGAUUACACCAAAUUAUUUCAUGAAAUUAUCAGGGAAGAAGAAGUAUAUCAUCGAGAUGCGAUGUUAGGCCAACUUGAUGACUUACCAAGAGGUAGAAUACAAAGAAUCCAAGAAUCCAGUUUAAGUUUGGAUGAAUUUAAUGCAAAUUAUCAUUCCUCGCCAUUUAUCUUAGUGAAUUCGGAUUCUAACCGUUGGCCAAAUUGGAAUUUUGACUUGUUAUUCCAUCGGUUUCCUAAUGUGAAAUUCAGACAAGAGGCAGUUAGUUGGGAUUUGCAAAAAUAUUCACAAUAUUUACACAACAAUAAAGAUGAAAAUCCAUUGUACUUGUUUGAUUGCAAAAGCGAUGCCAUGAAAGUUUUGAAGCAAGAAUACAAAGUUCCAGAAAUAUUUCAAGACGAUUUAUUCACUGUGUUUAACAGUAAACAAUUUAAUUGCAGACCUGACCACGCCUGGAUAAUUAUGGGGUCUGCUAGAUCUGGUUCCACUUUCCACAAAGAUCCCAAUUCUACUUCUGCCUGGAAUGCAGCUAUACAAGGCCGGAAAUUAUGGGUUAUGUUGCCUCCUCAUAUAACACCACCGGGUGUGGGAACUGAUGAAGAAGAAAGCGAAGUAACGUCUCCAGUUAGUGUAGCAGAAUGGGUGAUUUCAGGUUUUUUCAAUGAUUCAACCAAAAUUGAUGAAUGUUUGAUUGGAAUAACUUUCCCUGGUGAAUGUAUGUAUGUGCCUAGUGGAUGGUGGCAUACAGUGAUAAACAUUGACGUCUCAAUUGCCAUUACUCAAAACUUUGUGCCUAAAUCAAAGCUAGCUGAAGUUUUAAAUUUUUUGAAAAAUAAACCGAAACAAAUAAGUGGUUUCAGGUUAAAAGAAAUCAAACAAUGUUUAGAUUUCAUUGCUAAAGAUAGCAGUGAUGAAGUUUUGACUCGAUAUUUAGAAGCUUUUAAUCUGUUGACAGUUGAUCUAGAGGAGGAUUGUGGUGAGUUACAAGAUUUGCCCGAUAUGCCAAUUUUUGAGAUUUUCAAGCAAUUACUAAAUAAUAAUGGCAAAGGUGAAAUUUUAAAUGAUGCUUUGGAAAAGUUACAAAAGAUUGAAUUAAAGAAUUAUGAGCGUGAAACUGGUAAAAGCAAGGCAUGGGAGAAAUUGACGGAACCAACUAAUUCAGGGACUGCUACUUUUUCAUUCAACUUUGAUGAAGAAAGUGAUAGCGAAUAG